AUGAUUCCCUCUAUUUCACUGGUGGUACUAUUGACUGUGUGGGCUUCCGAUGCGAAACAAAUUCCACAGACAAACAGUGCAUCUCUUGAAAAGGAUAUGUUAAAUCUCAACAUUCAAGUCAUUCAAAGCCAUGGUUAUGGUGAUGAGGAUGGAAAACGACUGGAAUGGGACAAGCAGCACAAGAGAGUACCGCGGGGUGCAGAGGACGAGGACACAGACGCAGGUGAACCUCAGUCUACCUUCUCACGGUCUUAUGAGAAUGAGUUCACCACACCCAGAGCUACCCAGUUCUCUAGCUCAACCCUGGACACUGAGGCCAACACAGACUCAACCCUGGACACUGAGGCCAACACAGACUCAACCCUGUACACUGGGGCUAACACAUACUCAACCCUGGACACUGGGGCCAACACAGACUCAACCCUGGACACUGGGGCCAACACAGACUCAACCCUGGACACAAGGGCCACUGGGGCCACCACAGUCGGGGACCAGGGCAACAGCAGCACCUCAGAGAGGGGGAUCACCAACAUCCACAACCCUCUGUACCCGGUGACUGACAGCUCCUACACUGCCUACGCUGUCAUGUUCCUGUCCCUGGUGGUGUUCUCUGUGGGGAUUAUAGGGAACCUGGCUGUGAUGUGCAUCGUCUGGCACAACUACUACAUGAGGAGUACCUGGAACUACAUCCUGGCCAGCUUGGCUUUCUGGGACUUCCUGGUGCUCUGCUUCUGUUUACCUGUGGUGGUCUUCAAUGAGCUCACCAAUAAGAGGCUGCUGGGGGACAUCUCAUGCAGACUGGUGCCAUAUAUGGAGGUGGGUUUGAUUCCCUUAGCCCCCCCACCACCACCACAAACCUCCCCACACACCCCUCAACCCAAACCCCUUAUGCCAUGGUGGAAUCACAUGAAAAUGAUUAAUGAACACAACUAUUUGUACAUGGCUAUAUGAUUAUUGGUCCCUAAUGACAAGUUUAGUACCUGUUGUUGCCUAAAACAAUCAUACAUUUAUUUUUGUUGUUCUUUUGAUGAUAUAAUUAUUGGAUAUUUACACUGAUUUAUUACUUUGUUGCAAACCAGCCCGUGAAAGAAGGUUAUGGGUUGAAUUAUGUUUAUGGUCCACAUAGUAUUGUGAAAUGUUGUAAAUGUUUAAUACUUUUACCAAUUGAAUCUGUACAGUACAUUAUUUUCUGGUAAACCAAAGUUUAUUAACUGAUUACUGUCUGGUAAUAAACAAAACAUUACACAGUUGUAUGUAAGCCAUAUAUUAUAUGUACUAUUUUGAUGUUAUAUAUAUAGAUACUCCAAAUUAAACUCAUCAUUGUAUAUCUCGACAGCUAAUGUAACAGGUCGGAAAGACUUCUUCCAUAUUGUAAUUUAAAUUACAAGUAAAAUGCCCUCCGACUAUAAAAUCAUGUUUUACCACAGGGGCCACAUUCGGUCAUCAACAACGUCCAGAGGGCACCAUUGAACAUUUGUUAUAUUUCCACGCAGUCAAAAAAAUGUAUACAAAAUUGUCCUCUGGCCAUCACUUUGGGAAUUUCUGAUGCUCCCUGACUGUCUAGCUUUCAUUUCUGUGGCUAUUAGCGAGCUAGACACAGUCAAUGAACUAUAUGAAUGUAGGUCCAUAAUCAUUUCUACACAGUUUCGAUUUGGUUUUAGUCAUUUUCAAGGAUAUUGAGUUGCCCCCCCCCCCCCCCCCCCCCCCCCCCCUAAACAGUGUGUGCAGGAUGUGAAAAGUCAAGUUUUUGCUAAUUCCACCCACAUUUGUAGAUUGAAAGAUUACAACAGUCAUAGAAAAACACAGAUAAGCAGAAAGAACAGCCCAUCAUGAAAGAUCUAGCAUAUCUGACAAGUUCUUCCUCUUUGCUCCAUAUAACUCUCCAGGUGACCUCCCUAGGGGUGACAUCCUUCAGCCUGUGUGCCCUGGGUAUUGACCGCUUCAAUGCUACCACCUGCUCCCAGCCCAGAAUUCGGCGGGUGGAGCGCUGCCAGUCUAUCCUGGCCAAGCUGCUGGUCAUAUGGGUGGGCUCCAUGGUGCUGGCGACCCCAGAGCUGCUGUUGUGGCAGCUCAGCCAGGCCGUGUCUCCAGCCACGGGGGCCGUGGUGGACUCCUGCACCAUGAACCCUACCUCCAACCUCCCCGAGUCCAUGUACACCCUUGUCAUUAACUACCAUGAGUGCCGCAUGUGGUGGUACUUUGGCUGCUACUUCUGCCUGCCUGUGGUCUUCACCCUGUUGUGCCAGCUGGCCACCUGCCACGUGUCCAAUGAUGGUAUCCCCCAGCGCCUGGAAGAGCACUCCCCAUCCAAGAAGCAGAAGACACAACACAGCCAACAGGUGGAGCGCCAGCUCAACUACACCGUGAUGGCCCUGGCCGUGGUCUACGGCAUCUGCGCCCUGCCGGAGAACGUGUGCAACAUCGUCCUGGCCUACACUGCCAUGCCCAUCUCUGACAACACUGCCACCCUGCUGGCUCUCAUCAACCAGUUCUCCCUGUUCUUCAAGUCGUCGGUGACGCCUGUGCUGCUGCUGUGCCUCUGUAAGUCCCUGGGUCAGGCUUUCAUGGACUGUUGCUGCUGCUGCUGCUGUGAGGAGUGCCAACCCAGUGGCUCCCAUUCCCCUGGCACCGAGGCCAAACUCAAGAGCACCAACGAGAUGUCCUCCUCCAUCUUCUUUGACAAAGCCAAGGACAGCUCCACCAUCCUGUCGAUCAGCGGGUCCAGCUGAGCUGGCCUCUCCUGCCAACCUUUCUUUCCCUCAGAUCACCUGACCUGGUUAGACGUGGUAACGAAGCAACUCACCUUUCAGCAGUGGACAUUCAAACCUCAACCUCACCCCCCUUUCCUCCUACCACACAGGGAUCAGAUGCUGAAUCUCUCCAUGGACACACCUUUGUUUUCAGUAUUGUUAGUCAGAAGAUAGGGACCAUUGCCAGCGUCACCUUCUCUACCCUUAAUGUCAGUAAUGUCUCUCCUUCUGAUGUUCUCUCCAAAUAGAAACCACAACCCAUCCAGUUUUAAGGUGGUUCAUUUUACAGGAAGUUCAGACUAAAUGCAGACUAGAGAGAAGAAGGAGAGAGCUCCAUUUAAUAUCCUUGUAGAAGUGUCACCCCAAUCAUUUGUAUUCAAAAAUAAACUGAGUCUUAUGUUAGAUUAUUAUGCUAGGUUUGACUAACAACCCCAGAGUAUCCAGCACUGAGAUCAUUCUUUUGUUGAUGUCGCAGCCUAUUAACAUAUCUGUUAAACGAUGUGUGUUGGCUCUUUAGCCUACACAGACAAGUGUGCCUUUCUUUAUGCCCCCCAAUUAGUGAUGCAGCUACUUCAUCUUUAGCCAUCCCCGUGUCAUUGUAUCAAUUAUUGUUUUGAGUUAUAUUAAUAAUCAAGAGGUUUAGACAUGGUAAUUUCCAUCAAAUCAAAGUUCUGUGAAUAAUGCAACAUUAUUUUACUAGAUAACCAUGAGAAGUCACUGUACAGAAGUCAAGGUUAUAAACCGGUUAGAAGGAGGUUAGGAGGGAAGUCAGACAGAAUUUUGUGAUUAAGAGAAAAAAAGUUCUGAGACCUAAAUCCACCAGCUGUAGUUGUCUUUAAUUUAUCCAAUAAAGGUUUGUAAUUUAUCAGCGCUUGUCAUGUUUCUCGCAAAAAGAUUUAAUAAACGUU